CAGACCACUGAACUCUAUAAAGAUUUAAGUAACGCUGACACCACGAGUCACUCCGUCAAAUGGUAGUCUUGGAGGUCCAAAGUUUAUUGGAAGUGUUACUUAAAAGCUGGAGCGUUGCUGUCCGAUUUCUGUUAUUGUAAAGCUUAACGAUAAAUAACACAAUAUGGGAUCUAUGAAUGGUGACAUACUGAGUGUGCUGAAGCAAUGUUAUUCCCUUCAGGAAGAACGAGCUCACACUUACCACCUGUUCCAAGAAGCACACAAAAUCUAUCUGAAAACCGCACCACAGUAUGACUUUAUUCGCUUUCGACAGUUAGUUCAUGAAAUAACUCAGGAGUUCAAAAGAAUCUCCGAAAGAAUUGUAAAGUUUGAACAGCAGCUGAGGACCGAGUUUAAAUCUCCUCAUCUGGCUGAUCGUCUUUCUCAACUUCAGGAGGAGGAAAAGACAAAACUAGAACUAACUGUCAGACUUCAGCUUGCAAAGCAGAAUGUCAUUGACCACCCCGAGGAACCAGAGAGACAGGCAUUGGUCGUCGAUCUGAAGCAAAGACUUAAAAAUGUGGAAGUAAAGAUCAACGAACACUUAGAAGAACUGCGAUAUAAGAUGCGGGAGCUCUAAGCACAGUCUUAGCCAGCACAGAGAUGAUCAAUGUACUAUUAUAAAUACUUUCGUUGUAUGAAAAGUGAGAUUACAUAUACAAGUUUUCUACUUUUAUAAACAUUUUUUAAAUGAAAUGUCAGCAGGUUGGUUAACAUACGCAUCAAAGUACAUGUUCUAAUAAUGGUUAAUUAACCAUUAUAUCAAAGUAAUAAAGUUAAUCUGUUUCUGACGUUCAAUUAAAAAUUCCGUCCUGCUGUGAUAAUCAUUUUUGAAUUUCAUUCCAUUGGUUUGUAUCAUUUGGUUGUUCUCAAUAUAUAUACCAGUUAAUAAGUAGUCUUUAAGAUAGAUAGAAUAUAAGCUGAUUACCAUUAGCUGAUCACUUCUGUUUUUUUUUUAAAUCGUUUUACAAAUUUAUGCAGUAAACCUCAGUGAAACAUUUUUAUAAAUUUUUUUAUGCUCAUAUAUUUUAUAUGUUCAGCACUUAUUUUAUCUUGUGUUUGUAUUAUUCAUAAAAAAAGUAUAUUUCUGUUUAAGUGUACCUGCUGCUAGGUAUUAUUGCUUUAAAAUUAACACCUUAAACUUUUUUUUUAAUGUACUGAAAUAUUUUGUACUGUUGAAAAUAAAGCAGUCACUUCUCAUGAAUAUAA